AGUUAAUGCUAACAAAAUGGAUGACGUAAGCAACUGCACGGUCUGCCUGGAGAAGUUCGACGCGGACGCGCUGUCGCCAACGCUUCUGGUCUGCGGCCACACCCUGUGCCGCCGGUGCGUGCGAGACUUGCACCAGCGCGGCCGUCGAGUCUCAAUUCGUUGCCCCAUCUGCCGGAAGGUGACGAUAGCAUCUCCCACUGACCUGCCCGUCAAUUUCUCUUUCUUGGCUUUAUUGGAGAAGGUCCAGAACGAGAGUGAGCCGAAGAGGAAGGUUGCCAAAUGGUGUCUGGACUGCAAGGUACUUGCUGGCACGUCUUGCCAAGAGGAGCAUACGAUCUGCCCUUUGCGCAAAGAGCAAUUGAGGCAGUUGGAAGAUGAAAGGGAAAUAUUGGAGGCUGCUGUGAAGUCUACAAAGGUCCUUGAGUGUAUUCUCCGCGAGAAUGUUGAGAUAAUACCCUCCGUCCUUCACAAUCUGAGGUACGCUGUCACGAAGGCUCAACAGGACACCGCGGAGGCCCUUAAGCUGUUCAAAAGCAGCAAGGACGCGACCGGUACGGAGUGGGAGCGCGUUCGAGGAACGGUUCAACAGGCUAGCCUUAGAUGCAUCCAAAGCCGAGAAUUUGACAAGCAGAGCGUGGACUUCGUUCAGGGCGCCCGCCGGUGCGAGGUGACGGUCAUCGGGGAGCAUGGCCGAACUUGGCGAGGUACCUUUACCCUGGAGGACGACCUUGAAGAAAGCAGCGACCUGCGACUCGUUCUGGCCAUGGUCUCGACCAUGCAGCGUGCCCGACUGCUGGUCCCUGUGGAAGAGACGCAAGGGGACGAGGUAGUUAAGCCCUCCAUAGUGUCGGCUACACAGACAUCAGAUUCUGAAAGUUCUGGUUCAGAGUCAUCAGAUGCUGAAGGGUCUGAUACUGAGUCCGAAGAGGAGCAGAAAGAGGAAACUGAGGGCUCCAGUGCGGCUGGAGUAGAAGACGGCGAGUUUGUACCUCUGCAUGGUCAGGCGAAAGAAACUCAGUACGGGCGCGCUGGAGACGAUGACGCCCGUGGUCUUUUCACACCACUUGACCCCCCUUUGACCUAUCUUAAAGUAUGGCACUCUCACUGCUAUACCUCCGAUUUGCUGAAGAUUUUGCGUUGCCAUGGAUCGACGCUGGAGCAACUGACCCUAUGCAAUGUGUUGACGGGUGUCCUUGAUCCGGUCUUCGCUAUGCCACGACUGAGGACUCUGAAAUUGAAAGGCUGGAAGGGCAGCGCGACGUGUCUGACAAGACUCCGCCCACCGAGCAAUGUGCUCCGCCUGAACCAACUGACUGUGACGGGAUUCUGGAUCGGCCCGGAAGGCAUCGCGGCCAUCCUCCGCGUCGUCGGGGUGGCGCGCCAUCUUGUCCUGGAAUGGUCCGUCAACAACCCCGCGAGCCACCUCGCCGCAGUCUUCCAGGAUUGGGCUCGACGGGCCGCGUCCUCGUCGCCGCGUUCUAUCAAGCUGGAGCGCGACAGCGAGGGGUGCCGCAGCCUGGAGCGCUGUGAGGCUCAGUGCGCAGCCAUUCGCCAGAUCGCCCCGGGAGUGGACGUGUGGUGCGAGGUCCACGACCCGAACCACGUCCUGACCAAUGUGUAGGGUUUGUUUGGACAGGCCUGGCUCUCGAGCGAGUUCACUGAUCCUUCAGAUCGUGCCUCGUUGUCCUUCUCUUGUCGUUCAUCUCUGUUUUCAAACCUACAAAUUUUUUUGAAAUGAUUAAUCAAUGGCAUUUUUAUGGGUAUUUUGAGAAAUUACCUCUUUGCAUGUGAAUAAACUGCAUUUGUCAAAUAA